GAACAAGUUGUUGGAAGAGGGAGGUGGCAACAGUGAUCACAACAGCUCUCUUGGAUAAAGUGGAGGAGCGACACACAACUUACAGAAAUGCAGAACCAGAAUGAUUUUUUGGGCAGAGCGGAAGAUUUUGCGGACCAGUUUCUACGGUAUAGUAAAAAUUACCUGCCACACAUAGCACGUCUAUGCCUAGUGAGUACCUUCCUCGAGGAUGGACUUCGCAUGUGGUGGCAGUGGCACGAACAGCGGGAGUACAUGGACAUCUCUUGGGGUUGUGGCUACUUCCUGGCAACAGUAUUCGUGCUCAUUAACCUGGUAGGACAACUGGGAGGCGUGUUCAUGGUGCUGUUCCGUAAGAAAGUUGAGGUGGCCUGUGGGUUACUUCUCUUCAUUGUAGUUCUCCAGACAAUAGCCUAUCAAAUUCUGUGGGACAUGCAGUUCUUGUUCCGAAACUUGGCGCUAGUUGGUGGUCUGGCACUCGUCUUAGCCGAGAGCAAGAAGGAAGCUCGUACAAUCUUUGCCGGUGUUCCGUCUUUGGGGGAGAACAAGCCUAAGACUUAUCUCAUGUUGGGAGGACGCAUCCUUCUGGUGUUCAUGUUCUUGACGCUAGUUAGAUUUGAGUUCUCCGUCAUGCAGGUGUUCGAGAUAGUGGUUGGAGGUCUUCUCAUGGCUCUUGUAGCUGUGGGAUACAAGACCAAGUUGAGCGCAUUUAUGCUAGUGUUAGUGUUGAACGUCUUCAAUAUUUACGUCAAUGCCUGGUGGUCCAUCCCAGCAUAUAAACCCAUGAGAGAUUUCCUUAAAUACGAUUUCUUCCAGACAAUGUCAGUAAUCGGAGGUUUGCUGAUGCUCAUUUCUCUGGGCCCCGGAGGUGUCAGCAUGGAUGAACACAAGAAGCAGUGGUAACCCGCCCGUUCACCCACCGCUCCAUAUUUUAUUGUUUUAUCACUAAAGCCACAAGUUAAAGUUGUUUUAGUAUAGGUUAAUAAAUCUUGAAAUAUGGUGAUACAAUUUUGAUAUUUUAGGUAAUUAUCUCCUCCCUCCCUUUUUUUUUAAGGUAUACUUAAAAUUUGGUGUUAUUACAGUAUUCAUUUACAAAUAUUUAUACUGUAUAGUUGAAUUGUUGGAAUAAUAAUGAUCAAUGUAAAUAUCCUAAGUGAGGCCUUUGUGUGUCAUGAGAGUUUAUAUUUAUCCAUAUUUUUAAAGUGUUUUCCCCAAUGGGAUGGUCUGAGCCGAGAAUUUUAAUGUUGAAAUCGAUUUAUUGUUUUCUUUUUAUGAUUUAUUUAUUUACUUUUUGGGGGGUAAAGAAUUGUCUGAAUGGGUGGUAAUUCCUGCUUUGUGUUCUCAACAAAUUGACUACUAUCUUGCAAUAUUUGGAUUGAUGCCUCGAUUGUGAGAGGUUAGUCCUUUCUUUCAUGUCUCCUACCGCCAUUUGUAUCUGUAUAUGUGACCUUGGUGUAUAUGACCUGUAAUGGACACCAUGCUGUGAACAAGUCUUUGCUUUGAAGUAAAAAUUUUUUUUCAAACUGAUGAUUGGUUGCCAUGCUACAUUAAUGGUGCGCUCGUGGCUCAAAACGGGGAGGUUUUUUCUUUCUUCCAUAAGUCAUCCUCUUGUCAGUUCUUCCUGUUUACCUGUGCUAUGGUUAGCUUAUUUAACAUCACAAUUUUAUGGAUAUGCAGAUAAUACAGUACAUUCUUUAGGCAUCAUUACAGUUUUGUAGAGGUUCAUUCUCAAAGCUGUACAAUUCUUUUUGCUACUGAACAAUUUUACAGAGAUACAGUACAUUCUCAAAGCAUCACAGUUGUUUGUGAUUGAUGUGGGUAGCAUGGGCCAUGGUUAAAGAAAUGCCAAUGGGUUUUUAUUUGAUAUUGGAAUGGGAAGGAAGCUUCAUGUAUUAAUAUCUGUUCUGCCCACAACUUUUGGCUUUGCAACAUGUCAGUUAUAUUAUUUUUGUAUAGUUUUUAGUAGUAGGGGUGAGAACAUUCCCCUGGCACAAUGGAUCUUGUAUCCUUUUUUGCCUAAUAAUCCUCCUCAAUUUUUUUUUAUUGCUCCCUUGUUAUUAUUUAAUGUUUGAUGACUUUCAUUCUAAGCUACACAUAGGAUGUUUCUUUGUCCUUUGUGUGUAUGAAGGAAGUAAAUAGAUAAAUACAAUAAACUUUUAAAUAUACCCAGAGAAGGAUAGUUUUGUAGAAAAAAGCUUGAAACUCAAAAAAAAAAGUGGUAUCUUUUUUUUAAGGUUCCACAAGUCCUCAAAAUCUUUCAAGCCCUUUUAAUACCUUGAAAGUGUUUUAUAUUUAUCUCAAAAGGUUUUAUUAAACAGAUAUUCAAUCUAUGCUGUUACUGAAAAAGGUCUGUAACUUUUGUUAAGUGGCUCUAAAUAAAGAUUCUUCAUAUG